UUUUAGCAAUUCAUAGUUUUUUGCAUUAUGGUUAAUUUGAAGGCAAUUGAAUGUAAAUUCAUAAUAAUUUGUUUGGCCAACAAGAAUUUUAUAAUGCAGAUGUGUAAUGUAACCCCAUUUUUCUCUAAUUUUGCAGGAAUGUAUUCACCUGAAGUUGGAAGAAAGUUCGUCAAAUCUUGUGGUGUAGGGAAUUUGACCAGAUCAUUACACAUGCCAGAGACAAGACUUUAUGCUUGUGAUGAUGGAAGUACACCAGACAUGCUCUCAUGUAUAGCCUCAAGUGAGAGACCUUUCAGCCAGAAAUUCACUUGUGAUCAGUGUGAGUACCUCAGUGGUGGCGCUGUGGUGCAUGACUUUUCCGGGCAGUUGCUGGCGGGGUGUCCUCGUUGUGGCCGCCAGUAUCCUAGCAAACGGUCACUCGUCAGGCAUGUUCGUUAUGUGUGUGGAAAGGAACCGCAGCUUCAGUGUCCGUACUGUCCCCACAGGAGCAAGUUUGCCAGUAACCUCAACCAACACAUACUGGCAAUCCAUCCUGGAAGAUCGCUCACUCAGUGGAAAUUCCCACGCAGCAAGCCUGUCCAUUUUAUGCUGUGAACUCUGGCUUACAGCUUUCAAUAUCACUGGAUGAAAAGAAUUGGUAAUGUGAGUGUGAAAUACAUCUCACCAGCAGUUUUCUCCAGCAAGGCCCUGAAGCAGGAAAAUAGUGACUUUCAUAUGCAAAUUGCACAAAACUGUUGCCCACGGUGUGGAAAAGUUUACGGUAACAAGGGUAACCUUAUGCGACACCUCAAGUUUGAGUGUGGUGUGGCACCGAUGUUCAGUUGUCCGUAUUGCCAGACACGGUGGAAGCGUAAGGAUAAUAUGGAAGUGCACAUUAGGACUUUACACAUGAGGGAGAGUAUUUAGUUGUUAGAAUGUCAGAAAGUAUUCUCUGUAUCUUCCAUAAUAUUUGUACCUUUGUGAAGACUCAUGAGAUUUAUAUUUUCGUGUAAGGCAGUGGUAAUGGAAGAUUAAUCUAAUUGGUUCAUUGGUUGGUUGGUUUGUUUGUUGGAUUGUGUUGGUGAAUGAUUGUGCUUCCAAUUGUAAGUUAAGAACUGCAUGCAUGAGUGAUGCUUUCAUUCAGCAAUGUCUUUCAGACAAUUGGCAAAGAUCUCUCUCUGGUGAAGGAUUAGUUACACAUUAGUGAGCAUAGUGCCAAAUUUUUGUCAGGUUCCUGAACAUAGUGAUGGUUACAAAACUAUUAAGACAAGUUGGGAGUUAUAUAUCUGGAUCUCAGUGAAUACAUAACAUAACUGGUUACACAUGAAUAUUUUGUUUCAGAGCUUAAGUUGAAUGUGUUGUCCAAAUCAACAUCAGUCCUGUUAUGUGUCAAGCUUUUAUAUGUAUGUCUAAGCAUUGCACAUCAUUUACUCUGAAUAAUGUUAAAUCUUUUCAUGUGAUAACAAACUUCAUGUGAGAUUCAGUUUGUAAUAGGU